GGCAGAGUCGGUUUCCUUCUACACUGGCUGGCCCACAGUGAAACUGCUCAGAGUGGCAGCAAAGGAGAGGCCGCUCGCUUCUUCCCUUCUGCUGGACCAGGAGAGAGACUCCGCCACACUGAGAUUUGGAAACUAUGCUUUCCACAUGGGCUCUGCUUUUCAUUUUAAUGCUGAGUGAGCAAGCAUCAGUUGCUGCUGAUCCACUACACCUCGACCCCCAAGACAACCCAGAACGAAAUGACUGGUGUGACAACCACAAUACAAUUCACAGCCGUUUAGAUAACAUCCAAGAGAAGGUAGAAAAAACAGUUGACCACCUGGAAUCAGAAGUCAAGCUCUUACUCAGUGCCAUAAGUGAUACAGCAUGGAAUGUCCCUCUGGCUCCUGGAACACCACCAAUGGAUAUCUUUGAAGAUCCCAGCUGAACAUCACGAAGAUGGGGGAAUGAAAGGACAGCAGCUAAAUAUGCAAAACUCAUCUGAAUAAUUCAUACAGCUGCACUCCAUUUCAUAAGCUUUUUAGCUAAAAUUUAUUUAGUCUUAGGAGGGACAAUAGCUAUUUAGUCUUAGGAGGGACAAUAUUUCACAGCGAGUUCCUGUAAGUAAAAUUCACUAACAAUUAAAAAUACAUUAAUUCAGAAGAAA